AUAUAAAUUGAUAAACAGGUAGUGAUUUUGUAUAAAUAUGAGCGAUGCAGAACUCCAAGAGGAGGAGCGAGAGGUACUUUUAUCGAUCUACGAGGGGGACAAUGCCUUCAAACAGUUGACAUCAACGACGUACCAGUACAAGUAUGGUGACGAUAAUGACCCCCGUUCGUUCCUGGUGGAGAUUACUUGGAACGAGAAAUACCCGACGGAGAAGCCGACCGUCAAUAUGGAAACUUUUUACAAUAAACACAUUAUUCCGAGUGUCAAAAGCAAGAUAGUGUCUCAUAUAAAUGCCGAAGCAGAGCAGUGGUUAGGAUGUGCCAUGACGUAUACCCUCUUCCAAUCAGUCCAAGAGCAUUUGAGUGAAUUAAUAGAGGAUCAACCCGAGUCUAUCGUUGAUAUCAGUGCUCAGACAGCGAAACUUUCGAUUGGAAAUGAUACUGCUGAUCAGGACGAACUGUCGAAAAAACCUGCCAAGAAGGAGCAACUGACCAAAGCCCAAAAGCGAAGACAGUGGAACCGAGCUGAUGGCAAGGGGGAUAGACCCCGUGGAUGGGAUUGGGUUGACAUUGUUAAGCAUUUGUCGCAAACGGGUUCUAAACCAGAACCAGAGGCUUAACAUAACACUAAAUAAAUUAAGCAAUUGUUUUCGAAA